AGCACUUUUCAUUGUCUCCAGUUCACAGCCUCCGUGCCAGAUUAAUCUUUGCACCGAUGACAGACUUUCCAGCGACCCUGCUUCACCCCGACCUCCCUGCCUCGUCUCUGCCACGGGCGUUUUUAUGAUGAUGCUGGCGGCGCGGCUGCUGAGAUGUGCAGUGAUGCAUGCUGGGAACAGGCCUCACAGCAGCGUCGCGCGACUGACCUCAUCGAUGCGUGGUGUCGGCUCGUGUGCUUCUGGGGCAUCGUCCUGCGCUGAUGCCGACCGCCCCAAAGUCCUCAUCACCGGAGGACUUGGACAGCUCGGGGUGGGGCUUGCUAAGCUGCUCAGGAGACGAUUCGGAGAAAACAACGUGAUCCUGUCCGACAUCCGGAAACCUCCCAACCACGUCUACCAUCACGGUCCGUUCAUCUUCUCAGACGUCCUGGACUAUACGAGCCUCAGAGAGACUGUGGUCAACAACAACGUCAGCUGGCUGGUGCACUACGCCGCCGUGCUGUCCGCGGUGGGAGAGAACAACGUCGCUCUGGCCAAGGAAGUCAACAUCACAGGUCUCCACAACGUGUUGGACAUCGCGACGGAACACGGCCUGCGCCUGUUUGUCCCCAGCACCAUUGGCGCCUUCGGCCCGUCCUCGCCCAGGGACCCCACCCCCGACCUGUGUGUGCAGAGGCCGCGCACCAUCUACGGCGUCUCCAAGGUGCACGCCGAGCUGAUGGGCGAGUACUACCACCACAGGUACGGGCUGGAUUUCCGCUGCCUCAGGUAUCCGGGCAUCAUCUCUGCUGACUCCGAGCCUGGAGGCGGAACCACAGACUACGCCGUGCAGAUCUUCCACGCGGCCGUGAAGUCCGGUCUCUUCGAGUGCAACCUGCGCAGCGACACGCAGCUUCCCAUGAUGUACAUAGACGACUGUCUCAGGGCCACGCUCGAGUUCCUGGAGGCUCCGGCGGAAACGCUGCUCAACCGCACCUACAACAUCCACGCCAUGAGCUUCACGCCACACGGCCUCGCCCAGGAGAUACAGAGAGUCCUGCCCGACCUGAAGGUCACGUACAACGUGGACGCUGUCCGACAGGCGAUAGCGGACGGCUGGCCGAUGGCGUUGGAGGACACCGCGGCGAGGCGGGAUUGGGGCUGGAAGCACGAGUACGACCUGGCGGAGCUGGUGCAGGCCGUGCUCGCUCACGUCACCACGGGCAACCAGCUGGCUCGAGCCCACUGA